AUGGGGUUACUUGAGCUGUUAGUAAAAGUGAGCGCAAAUGCUGCUGGAGGAGGUGCAAUCAGAAGAGGAAAUGGUUCCUGGUACAUAGGAUUUUCAGCUAAGUACAAUGCUGUUAAUCCUUUGGCCACUGAACUCUAUGCUAUCAUUGAUGGCUUGGCUAUUGCACAGGAUCUGGGAGUUAAGAAGAUAGAAGUGGAGACAGAUGCUGAGUCCUUGCGCACAAUGCUUCUUACAAUUGGAGGUAACCCGCACCACGAACUAGCAGCAGUCAUAUGUGAUGCAGCCUCUCUGUUCAGUGAUUUUGAGGUGGCUUUUAUCAAUCACAUUCCAAGGGAGAUGAAUAUUAUGGUGCACAAACUGGCGGAGUAUGGGAAGGAUAUGGCAGUUGGCUACAAAACGCACUACCUUGUUCCUGAGUGCGUGAAGAACUUCUAUGAAGCAGACUUGGAAGCUGCUGCUGCUUAA